AUGUCAUCUAUCUGCACAUCACUGAUACCAACUGACAGUGGAUCAGGCUACAGACACUCAAAGGCAAGACUGGGAAGGAAGCAUGUUAGACCUUGGAAAUGGAUGCCAUUCACAAUUCAACCAGAGAAGAUGAGCGUAUUGUAUCAUUGGCGUUGGACUACCGAAAAGGGAAAAGAUUAUCCUUUUGUUCAUUUCAACAAGAAACUUCCCAUUCCAACAUACACUGAUGAGGAAUGCACCAUACACAAUGAAUAUUGA